CUCCAUUUUUUGUGUUUUUCGACUGUGCCCAGGCCAACCACUGCUGGUGGAAGCCUCAGUCGAUUGAGGGGUGAUUUUUUUGUUUCUUCCUUUGCCCAUUCGACGCUGGUGCAGCCUUGCCGUUACCACCACCAUUACCGUCACCACUAAUUGUAACUAGCCUCUUUGUGCCCCGAUCUACCAUUUUAUUUAACUGAUUAGUCCAUCACUUUCAAAGUAUCCUUUUGACUUUUGAGGGACUCAAAUUGCAAAUCCCAUUUUCAGAAGCCAAUUCAGAGUUUUGUUGCAAAAAUCGCAUUAGAUGUCCAUGUAGGAAAUGUAUGAACAUGGAGUGGCAUCGUCAUGUAACUAUGCAAUAUCAUUUAAUAGAAAAAGAUUUUAUGAAUGGGUAUGUACUAUGGCUUGCACAUGAUAGGCAACAAGUGAGAAAGUGACUGUCAUCAAUGGGGUGAAUCCUCUAGUGUAGCUCCCAAUAUUUUCAUUGAAGAAUUAGGUAAUGAUCAAAUUAGAGAGGUGAUUAUGAAUGUAGUGAAUUUGCAUGAUAUAUAAUAUAAUAUGAAUGAACUAGGCAGUGAGGACCGAAUUUUUGAGGAGGUUAGGGGAGAUGUUAAGAAAUUUUUUGAUCCGUAAGUUGCUGACAUGUCACUUUAUGUGGAUGUUAUGAGAGUGCUAUAAUAUUAAAGUGGGUGUUGAAAGAGCACAUUCAUGAUGCAUACAUGAGAUGGGGAUUGGUUGUUGACAUGUCACUUAUAUGUGGACGUGAUGAGAGUGCUAAAAUACUAAAGUGGGUGUUGAAAGAGCACAGUCAUGAUGCAUACAUGAGAUGGGGAUUGGUUUCCUUUGAGCACAAGGAUGUUUAUUGGCAGGCUUUUUGGGUCCUUUGAUAUCAUUUGAGCUAAAAGGAUGCACUGGCUGAAGGGGAAAGAUGCAGUGCCAACAUUUAUUGAUCAUAGCGCUCAAGAGUUCACUGUAAGAUCAGUGAAUUGUUUCUUUAAUAUUAGUAUAUUUCUUCAUUCAAGCUACAACUAUGAAAAUGAAUUAUUUAAUUUAGCAAAAUAUGUUUUCAUAAUUUAAUAAUUUUCUUUGUUAUUUUAGUUCAAGUUGUGAAGGACAAUCUGUUGGUAAAAAAAUUCUUAGUGCAUUAUUUUAGCUCAAAGUACUUAGUUAAUGACCCAAACAAUUGUUCCCCACCCAUUUUCCAGUCUCUUUUAAGUAUACUCACAAAUUGGUUUGGAGAAAUGGGCAUAAAUCCGGUAUGGAUUAUUAUGUAGCGGAACGAUUUAUCCUUCCAUUGUAGAUCUCCACACUUUUAAUAAUAUUCACUACUGAUAAGGAAAUCCCCACAUACCUCUGUCUUCUUCCAUUGCUAUUGUCGAGUCGAGACUGUUGAUGGGUUUUUUUAUUUUUUGUAUAAAUGUUGAAGCCAAUGAUGAUUGGAUGACAUUUGCAUUGGAGCUAGUUUGGUUAUGUUUUCUUUUCUCUUUUUUCUUUGUCAGUGUAGUUCAUAGAAACAAUGAACCUUGCCUUAAGGAAUUAAUUGAUCAAGUACGGUGUUUGAUAUAUGAGGUUGAGUUAUUUGUUAGAAUCAACACCAAUUAAAUGUACUGUCAACCCUACAAUGUAUUGCAUCUGAACGGAUUUGAAGCCUGGAACUUGUCUUGACCCCAAAUAUAAUUGCCGACACGAC